AUGCCAUCCCCACCAAAGAGCCCGUCCAUCGGGAUCCGCUACAUCUCGGACGCCGUGAAAAGCGACCACCGCCUCAUCGAGAGGCUCCACGCCUCCCUGGUAUCGCCGCCACCCAACACAGAUUCAGAAAACCAGGGCGCGUUAUGCUCGCGGCUCUCGUGGGAGCUGGCCCGGCACCUGGUCGCGAUGGAGCUCUUCAUCUUCCCGGGGACGGCCCACCGCGCCAAGCAGGGCAGCGAGGCGGCGCAGGAGAGGCAGCGCGACAUGGCGCAGCUAAGAGAUGCGCUGCGGUCUUUCUCGAAGGAGGCGGCAGCGGCGAAGGCCGUCUCGGGCGACGGGAAGCUCAGCGCGGCCCUGGAGGAGCUGGGGACGCACCUGGGGCGGCACAUCCGCGACGUCGAGAGGGUUGACCUGGUGAACAUCGAGAAUGUGCUCAGCGGGCAGGAGAGCGAGGACAUGGCGAGGGACUUUGAGAGGUCUGUCUUCUUCAUCCCUCAUGGGGUGCGUGAGGAGGACGAGGGGGAGGAUGCGGGUGUUAAGGCGCCUUAUAAAAGUGUCGAGGGGCUGUUGGACGCCAGUGCUGGUGAGCUUCGUGCUGCGAUGGAGAAAUUCCCGCGGGAAUAA